AUCAAUCUCUAUGAAUCAUAUUGGGUUGUAUUGGAUGGUUUUAUUUUCAUUUUUAAUUAAAAUUUUGAUUUUUAAACAAAUUUAUCCUCAAAAAAUUAUUCCAUCAAUACAUGAACGAUCAUGCCAUCAACCAUUGGAUGGAGAGUGAAGUGAAAGGCCAUAUACAGAAUAUGAUCGUGCCCAUCCAACGAUUUAAGAUGCGACUGUACACAAAACUUUUGGAUUUUAUUUUUAAUAUACAAUGACAAGGCAACCAGUUUUCCUUCAUUGGAUAUCCUAGAAAAUUUCCUUAGCUUGGGCUCCCCCCCACACACACAAGAAGUAGGAGGAUAUAUAAUAUAGUGAUUCCAGAGAAACUCUCUAGAUUCUGCAGGUCAUGAGAACCAUUCUUAUAUUAAUCAACACUUUCUCCCAUAUUAUUACUUGGAAAAGGUUAAUAAGGAAAAUGCAUAAGGACUGAAUUUACAAAGAAUGUUCCAUGCUUCCAUUCCAGGGAUUUUGAGGCCAUAUCUUCUCUUAAAAGACCCAACAAGGACUGUAAUUUCCAGAACUCUUCAAGGCCAUAACUUCUACCAAGAGUUAGGAAGAACAUUAAAGAGGUAUGGAUGUAGAUGAAGUAUUGGCAUCUUCAAUUGCAGCAAAGCUUCGUCCUAAGCCUCCAUUGUCCUCUCAAGCUUGUAUCUUCAGAGUUCCCCAUGUACUCUCUAGCCAAAGUGAAGGUGCUUUUGCACCUACUAUAGUCUCAAUUGGCCCCUUUCACCAUGGUCAUGAAAACCUAAAGAGCAUGGAAGAAUUCAAAUUAUGGUAUUUGCAUGGCCUCCUCUCUCGAGCCCCAACUCCAGAGACAAGUUUAAAGGUAUUCACCAAAGCCAUUAGACAAUUGGAGAAAUGUGCGCGUGAGUGUUAUGCAGAAGAACUGAUUGACCUCGACAAAGAUGGAUUCGUGGAAAUGAUGUUGGUCGAUGGUUGUUUCAUCAUAGAACUUUUCCGCAAGAAAGCAAAUGGCAUAGAAGGAGUUCAAAGAGAUGAUCCCAUAUCCAACACACCUUGGAUGGACACUUACUUGAGAGUUGACUUGAUGUUGCCUGAGAAUCAAAUCCCAUGGUUUGUUCUUGAAUGUCUAUUCAACAUCACUGAGCCUCCCAUACAAAGAAGCCAUUCCCUAACCAAACUUGCACUUAAUUUCUUUGAUACUAUGAUGCCAAUGACAAUUCCUGCCAAAUUAAGCUCUAGACAUGAAACAAAGCAUUUACUUGACUUACUGUGGAGCAGUAUAAUUUCAGAUUCUGCAGAUGUAGAGUUGACAUUGGAGAAUGAUCAGUACUGGGAAAUAAUUCCUUCUGUGACAGACCUUGUAGAGGCUGGAGUCAAAUUCAGGAAGGGAAACUCUAAUGAAGAAAUACUGAACAUAAGGUUCAAAGAUGGGGUUAUGGAGAUACCACCAUUUUUGAUUCAAGGAAGCACAGAACGGCUCUUUCGGAACCUCAUUGCUUAUGAGCAGUGCAAUUAUUUAUUGCCUAACCGAAUCACAUCUUAUGUUGUGCUUUUAGACUGUCUUUUGAACUCAUCAAAGGAUGUGCACUUACUAGGGGAGAAAGGAAUAAUAGAGAACUGGUUGGCCACUGAAGAAGAUGCUUCCCUUUUCUUUAGCAGGUUAUGGAAAUGUGCUACUCUCCACAAAUUCUAUUAUGUGGGAAUUUGCCAGAAAGUGAAUGCAUAUUAUAGAACAAGUUGGCAUAAGUGGCGAGCAACACUAAAGCGUGACUACUUCAACAACCCAUGGACCAUAAUUUCCCUCAUUGGUGCUAUUGUACUACUAAUUCUUACCUUCUUGCAAACCAUUUUCUCUAUCCUAAGUUAUCAUUAGUUUUUGUCUUUCA